AAUCCUUUCUGUGUGGAAUCAUGAUGAAGCUCUCUGCGGGGAAGGACUGAACUCCCAUACCUUUGCUGCUUGGAUAAACUCUUCCCAAAAAAAGGAUUUACUGUAUUAUGGGCUUCAUUUGAAGAGCUGCCUGCCUAUUUGUGGAUUUUCUACACUGGAUUUGGAUUUUAAGAGGUCAUCAAGUAACUGAGGAGUCAUGGAAGGUGUUUCACUAAGAAACGACACAUCUUUGCUGAAGGUUUUUGCUGAAUUUUAGAGAUUCAGCAUGUAGCCGAGGUAAACAAGUCCCUUCACACUUGGGAACAGUUGGAUAUUAUAAUGGGAAAUUCGUACGCAGGGCAGCUAAAGUCUGCUCGUUUCGAGGAGGCUCUCCACAACUCAAUAGAAGCGUCGCUGCGCUCCAGCAGCGGAGAUCCGCAGCCCAUCUUUACUCAACUCUACUUGGAGCCGGAGGCAUAUCCAGCAGAUGUAAAGUCAAAAGCUGACAUGCCACUCCAGGGCGAGGAGGGUCAGGAUCCUCUGAACAGUCACUCUUCCAAUGAUCUGGAGGAGCUGGAGGAUGACGAUGACUCAGACAGCAGCAGCCCUCCACUUCCCUACUUGCAAACUCCUGCGCCUGAUGGCUGCUGCACACUCGAUGGUAUCAUCUCAACAGGAUUUUGUCAGGCUGGAAAGGACCUCCGUCUCGUCACCAUAGCAGCAGAGCCCAUUGAAGUCCCAGCGGGCUUUGAGUUAGUCGGUGCCAAGUCUCCCAGCAUCCCCGAGCACAUUCUGGUGUGUGCCGUGGACCGCCGCUUUUUGCCCGACGAGAAUGGGAAAAAUGCACUUUUAGGUUUUUCAGGAAACUGUGUAGGCUGUGGUGAAAAGGGUUUCAGAUAUUUCACAGAGUUUUCUAAUCACAUCAACCUGAAGUUAUCCACCCAACCCAAGAAGCAGAAGCACUUAAAAUACUACCUAGUGAAGAAUUCACAGGGUGCUUUGUGCAAAGGACCCCUUAUCUGCUGGAAAGACAGUAAAACCCGCCAGUUUUCCAGCAGCGUCUUGACCUCCAAACCGAGUUCAUCCUCGUCUCUGAGCAGCAAAGAAAACGGAGGCACCAGUGGACACAGCUCGUCCCCUUUCUCCCUCUCAGAUUCCCCUCCCACUCGGAUGGCACAAGCUUCCUCUGUCUUUUUUGGCAGUCAUGAUCUUGGAAGGGACUGCAGUUUCCUCAAACCUCUGGCCUCCACUCCCGGAAACAAAACUUUGCCAAUAGUACCCACCGCUGUUAGGGUGAACGGUCCAACGAACGGCCUGGGUGUUGAUGUGCACACUUCGUUGCUGAGCCCCUCGCAGGUCUCCUUGGUUCCACAUUCUCAGGGGUAUCGCACUCCUGAUUUAGGAGACAGUCCCGUAUCCUCUGCAAUGAACUCCGGUCCCCCAAAGAAGCGCCAUCGCAGCUGGCAUCCCAGCACCUUGGUCCCAGUCCCACCCACCGCCGUCCCUGUGCCCGCAAUUCGCCCAAUAGUUGGCUCUCCAGGUUCUGUAUUAGCUGUGUCCUCUCCUCAGCCGCUGGCAGCUGGUGUCAUUCAGCCCCAGCCUGUCAACGCAGGAGAAACCGUCAUCGUUCCUGAAAACCUGCUCAACUCCUCAGGCGUUCGUCCCAUCAUCCUCAUUGGGCAUGGCACUUUACCUUAUUUCUAUGGGAACGUUGGCAAUAUAGUAGUGAGCCCCCUGCUGGUCAGCUGCUAUAAGAGCAGCCAGCUGACAGAAAAAAACCUGGAGACAUUGGGGCUCCACAGCAGCCAGAUGCUCAGUGUGGAGAUGAUGAUCCUGCUCACUUUGCAGUAUCUUGCACGCUUAGCUUCAAACCAGAUUCCUCUGAGGGAGGAGCUGGAGCAGAUCGUCUUAAAGGCCAUGCUGUGCUGUCCUGGGAAUCCAGCCAUCUCCCCAUCCCAGCUUCCGUGGCUGGCUCGACUGGAAGCGAGCGUCUCCGGGGGCAGCGUGCAGGUCGUGGUAACCCACAAUUCUUUGGGGGAGGGAAUUUCUGAGUCCCUGCGCUCUCUCAGUGAGGGUCCUCAGCAUCAGCAGCGCCUGCCAACCUACGUUGUCAUUAUAUGUGCCUCAAAAAUGAAUGGCAACGAGUUCUGUGUGCUUGUUUUAGGAAAGUACCAAGCACGCGCGUUAGCUGAAGGAAUGCUCACAACCAACGAGUUUCUGAAGGAAAUCAGCUACGAACUCAUCACAGGGAAAGUCGGAGUCCUGGCAACUCAUUUCAAAACAACCUCGCUUGGGGACAAUCUUGACAAGCAGCUCGUACGAUAUCAGCGCAGAAGGAAAGGUCAGGUCAUCCAGCCCUUCCAGGGCGAUGUCACUGAGAACAUCUACUCACAGGAGCCUGCCAGUAUGUCACCACCACCAGACUCAGUGGAGCUCUUAAAUAGAGUCUUUCAGAUCUAUCCGGCCCAGCUGACUGUGGCUCGAAGUCUUCUCUCUCAAGUCUGCUCCAUCGCUGAUUCAGGGACCCAGAAUCUGGAUUUAGGUCGUUUUUGUAAAGUGGACUUUCUGGUUCUGGUUCCUCCAUCUCACAUUCUAGUUCACCAGACAGCCCAGCGCAUCCGACAAUCAGGGGUGCUUGUGGAUUUGGGAAAUGAAGAUACGUCCACAGCCCACCAGAAAUCAGAGAAGUAUGUGGUGCGACUAGACGCUGAUGUUCACACCAAGAUGGAGGCUUUCAUGAAGAAAGUGAAGCAAAACCCCUACACCUUGUUUGUCCUCAUCCAUGACAACUCACAUGUCGACCUCACAAGUGCCCUGUCAGGCUCUGUGUGUCAUGGAGAGCUGCAGGGUCUGGCUGACCGGGUGGUGAACUGUCAGGAAGUCCUGGACGCCAUGAACCUCUUGGUUCUGCAGGUCAGCUGCUUCCCUUACACCCUGCAGACCCACCAGUCCCGGAUCAGCAUCCACAAUGAGAUUCACUGGCCAGCCAGUGACCAUUUGCAGAGGGAGCAGCCUCCUCAUGAUUUGGUCUACUUUGGCCUGAGGGACUACAGCUGCUCCCUGCAGUGGGGCGUGGCCAGCCCCAUCCUGCGCUGUGAUGAUGCGUUUGAGAAGAUGGUUCAUACUCUCUUGGAGAGACAUCCCCACCUCCAUAGCAUGGUGAUUCGCAGCUACUUGCUGAUUCAGCAAUACACAGAGGCCAUGAUGGCCCUGACCUCUUCCCCGUCCCUGAGGGAUCACAUAACCCCGGAGACCCUCGCCAUGGUGGAGGACCUGAUAAACGCUCCGAGUCGAGAGGGCUCCCAGGGCCGUGGCCACAUGCUGCUGGUACGCGUACCUUCGCUGCAGCUGGCGAUGUUGGCCCGAGAGAGACUGGAAGAUGUGAGGGACAAGCUGGGACUACAGUUGUGCUUCGCAGUACUGCUGGGAAGUCCAGCGUCUGAACUCAACCUUUCCAGAAACUUCAUCAACUUCCUCAGGACAUGGAGAGGCUGUCAGAAUGAAGAAUGGGUGCCACACACAUAUGAGGAUCUGGAGGGGCUGCCCUGCAUCAUCAUUCUCACAGGGAAAGACCCACUUGGAGAAACCUUCCCCCGGUCUCUGAAAUAUACGGACUUGCGUCUGAUAGACUCCAGCUACCUGACCCGUACCGCCCUGGAGCAGGAGGUGGGUCUCGCCUGCACAUAUGUUUCUCUGGAUAUUGUCCAGGAGUCCAAGACUUCUACGGCUCCUCGGGAAUCAGAUGGAGAAAAAACCACAGGCAGCCUGAAUGACGGGGAUGAGCUGGAGAGACCUCAGAGCAAUGGCAGCGCUGCAACCAGAACAUCUGGCUCGCUGGCAGAGAAUGGAGUCAGUUCAUCUGAUUUGACUGAUUCGUUCCAGAAGCCCUCCACUUCCACCUCCCAACCCGAAGGCCUCGUCACCUCAGAUGUGGCCACACUAACCGAAGGAUUCAAGCAAGAGUGUGAUUCUCUGGGAAGCCAGCUCCCCUCUAACCCUCUGAAAGCCCCCAACGCACCUCCCUCCAAUUACUCUAGCUCCUCCUCAUCCUCCCCUUCCACCUAUUCCUCUUCCACACAGAAGCCCAGCCAGUCCACGCAGUGUGGACGAGCGUCCAAGUGCUCCAGGGUCUCGCCGCGAACAGUCAUCCUGUCACGGGCGGCGUACAACCUACUGUCAGGGGAGUCGGGGAGUCAGCUGAGCUCCUUCUCACUUCUGCCUCAUGCAGAUGUGUCCUGGAGCAGUCCACUGAGGCCACUCAUCACACAGAACCUGCAGGGGGCAGACCAGAGCCUGUACUACCGACAGUGGACUGUUGCCAGGCAGCAUCACGCUGAUUAUGAAGCACCACCUGUGCCGCAUCCACGACGCCUGCUGCUCAGCGGACCUCCACAAGUGGGAAAAACUGGUGCUUACUUGCAGUUUUUACGCAUCCUGUUUCGUAUGCUUAUUAGACUGCUUGAGGUUGAUGUCUAUGAUGAUGAAGAAGAUGAAGAGGCAGAAACUACAGAUGCUACGACUCCAGCAAACACACAGUGGCCCGACAUUGAAGACAUCCGAAAGCUGCCCUUUGACCCCAAUCCCAGAGAUCCUAAAUUCAGGAAGGCCAGCCCGGUUUACUCUGAUAGGAUGCCAAAGUUAUUUAAAGCAGAGUUUAAAAAAGAAGGAGAGAACCAAACACAAGGCAAGAGAGUGACCAAGUCAAUACGUCUAAGCCGUUUUGCUGCCCAUAAUGCCUUUCACCACUGUGAGCAGUGUCAUCAGUACUGUGAGGCAGUUCCUACGACACAACUGUCAGAGUGCUCCUUACAUGCUUUUACCUUCUGCUCAUCCAUGCUGGGAGAGGAGGUCCAGCUCCAGUUUUUCAUUCCUAAAGCCAAGGAGCAGCAUUUUGUUUUCAGUCAUCAGGGGAGCCAUCUGGAAAGUUUACGACUACCUCUCGUCUCCACAAAGGACCCUGAUCUUUUGAAGAGUCCAAUCUUCACUCCAACAACAGGACGCCAAGAGCACGGGCUGCUCAACCUCUUCCACGCCAUGGAGGGCGCCACUCAUCUGCACAUCCUGGUGGUCAAACAGUUUGAGAUGCCCCACUACAGGAAGUACUGGCCCAAUCAUAUCCUGCUCGUCCUACCAGCAAUGUUCAACAGUGCUGGAGUUGGUGCUGCUCGCUUCAUGAUCAAAGAGCUGUCAUACCAUAACCUAGAGCUGGAGAGGAACCGCCUGGAGGAGCAAGGUGUAAAGAGACAAGAUGUAUGGCCUUUCAUCGUUAUGAUGGACGACUCAUGUGUGCUGUGGAACACCUUCCAGCCGACAGAUGGCAGUGAAACUUCAGAUGGAAGCUCAGGCAUCACCAAUGUGUCUUUGAAAACAGUGCUGCAGCACAUGGAAAACACACCCAAAAUCUCCCUGUAUGCUAUCUGCGGUGUUCGUAAGUGGAGCAGCAGCUUGGCCCACAAGACUCCCCAAGACCCCUUCAGUCGGUGUCACCUCCACGACCUUGUCCUCCUUAAUGUGGACCUGACACAGAACGUUCAAUAUGACCUCAAUCGGUACGAUUGUGAGGAGGUGGACUUUAAUCUGAGGGUGAACAGCAGCGGGUUGCUUAUAUGCCGCUUUAACAACUUUUUCCUGAUGAAAAAACACAUUCCAGUUGGGGGAAAAAAAGAUUUUGUUGUUAAACCGAAGCUUGUGGAAAUCGAAAACAAGGCUCCGAUCAGCCCGUCUCAGUACGUUUGUGCCCCAGACAGCGAGCAGACCCUAUUAGACGCACCGGCUCAGUUCCUGCUGGAAAACUUCCUGCAGAGCUGCAGCCACAGACUGUUUCCGAAAGCUGUUCAGAACAGAAACAACCCAGUUCUGUCCAUCGAUAGUUACCUUAACCUCAGCCCAAAGAUUUCUGUGUGCUACAUCAACUCUCGCCCACACUCCACCAAUCUCAACCAUCAGGGUCUGGUGUUCAGUGGCCUGCUACUUUACCUUUGUGACUCCUUUGUUGUUUCCGGGCUCCUCAAGAACUUCCGCUUCCUGAAAGGCGCCACCCUCUGUGUGAUCUGCCAGGACAGAAGUUCCCUGCGUCAGACCAUCGUCCGGCUGGAGCUGGAGGACGAGUGGCAGUUUCGUUUGCGGGACGAGUUUCAGACGGCCAACUGUAGCGAGGAUCGGCCCCUCUACUUCCUGACCGGCCGCCAUGUUUGAACCCACAAUUGUUCUGUAGCUGCGCAGCUGGAGAAUCUCGGUCAGUUAGGAGUACUUUUGGAUCUCCUCUGCAGCAGUUAAUUUCAUGCCUCCACUUGAGCUUGUUUUUAUCGAAAGGAAAACUGCCUCCAGGUUAUAAGAAGCACAGCUCAAUUGAAGCGUUGCUUGUUUUCUUGAGGCAAAUGUGGAUCCGAUACAGGACUAAUGGAGGAUUCAUUUGUCCAUGAACUUUAAAUCCAGUAGGUCCAAGUCUGGACAUACGUUUUUAUCUCAGGGUUUCAAAUUGAGGGAGAUUUAAGGGAUUUAAGGCGUUACGUUUUCUUCUCCCUGCUUAUUAGCUUAAGUUGGCACCAAAGACUCAGCUGCACCUUGCCUUCUCCAUUUUCUUUCCAGUUCAGCCUUUGAAACUCCAAGAAGCUCAUUAACGCUUCAUAGCUAAGUGAUAUCACAACAGAGGCUGCGACACAAGCAAUUUCCAAUAUUAUUAGCAACCGAUGUUUUUUUUUUUACCAAUGGGAUUUGACUAAUAACCAACUAUUAAUCUAGCAGAUUGUUGGGGGUUUUUUUCUACUGUGCCUCUAAAACAUGAAUGUGGCAUCGAUAAUCUUUCCAAGAAGAAGCCGUGAGUGCUGUCAUACUUUCCAAAUGACUUAAUUUUUGUUGUCACAGAUAAGGGAGUUUACAAGCUAUGACUUUUAAAGAAUGUAAAAAAGUCUAUCUGCUAUUUGAAAUCCAUAUUAUUAAUGUGUAAUGCCAAUCAGAAAGAUCAGCCCAUGUGUUAGAGAAAAUAAUUUGCAUUUAGACAUUUGCUGACUCAAAUUCUGAACGUCAGAGAAAUUAAAUGUCAUAAUCAGGCUCUGUCACUGCCUUUUGCCUUGCUUCUAACUGUGCCUAGGACUGCUCCUGUAAUGAUGUUUAGAGGCAGUUAGCUUCUUCGCUGUUUGCUUAAACUAAUGUCCCACAGUUGAUAGGAAGGGUAAUCAAAGGAAGAAUGAGGUGACACACUGUUAAAAAAAAAAAAAGCAUACUUGAAAAGUGUUUUUGUGCAUUUCUCCACAGGGUUGUCAUAAGAAUAUGCCUUAAUUGUUUUACACAGCCACAAAUAAUCUGUCAUAAUGACCAAUCAGAAUGAAGAAAGAAAAUACAAGUCAAAGAAAUGUUUGAAAGUAAGAAGGAAUAAUUAGAAUUUGAACUACUGUACUGUUGAAAUCUUUGUUUACAUUAUUAAUAUAUUAUGUCAUCCCUUUACCCACUGACAGUUCAUGGUUUUAUGUUGCCGCCUUGUGAUACUCUUGCCAGUGUAUUUUGGUUGUGUCUUUCUGCAUUUUUUUGUUGCAAAAAAGCUAGAAGAAAUCUACCUAGAUAUAUCUAUGAAAAUAUGUUUGUAUCCCUUUGUGUCCAUGUGUUAAAUUUUCAUCAACAAAUGGAAAUCAGGUCCAUGGAGGAGUUUUUUUUUCCCCCUUUAUUUAUUUGACAAGUAUUUUGGACUGAUAAUCAUGUUCAAGUGAGAUAUUUGAUUGCAUUCUGAGGCGGGGGCACUUCCCUCUUUAAAAACAUCUGUGAAGGUUUUGCACAGGAACCCAAAUGGAUGUUGUUUUAGAUAUACUGAAUGUUAUCGGAGGGAAGGAGAUGUGAACUUGCACUAUUCAAGUUUCUAGUUGAAUAAUAUACAGCAAACAACAGCUCCCUCAGAAAUAUUCCACGCAUAAGACUCGGUCCAUAGCAUUAUUUUUUUUGUUUUCUUUCGUUCUUUUUCUUUCUUUUUUAAAUAAUUUAAUACUUAAUAUGCAACUUGCUCUCACAAUCUUUGCUGAAAUAUGUCUCGGUGUCUCAUGCAGCUCAGUGGUAGCCUUGGUGCCUGGUUGAUCUACCUCAUAUUUACCAUUGUGAUUGCUGGCUGUGAAUAACAUAACAGUAGAGUCCCAUUGUUGUUGAAAAUUCUGAAUGUAAUAAAAAUGACUUCUGAGUUUU